CGGAGGCGCCACACGCACGCAGGGAAAUCCGCAUCAGCUGGAGCCACACACAGUUAGCUUAGCUAGCCUUUUAGCUACAACCCCGAACGAUCAAUAAUACUUAGCUAUGUGCAAUCGAACAUAGUACUGGAGUGUAUUUUUUUUACGGCAAGGAAAUUGGAAAAUAGCCUCAAAACACAGAACAGACUCAAGGGGUUACAGCUGAAGAUAUCUAACGUUAACUAUCUAGGUAGCUAAAGCAUGGAAUACUUCAUGAUGCCUACGGAGAAGGCUUUACAACAAUUCAAGAAAUCGGAGAAGGAUGUUAUUGGAGGGCUUUGUAGGUGUGUAUUGCAUAAUCACGCUUUCGAUUAGAUGUGUAUUGUGUGUUUUGAUUGCAACUGUGAGUUAUCUGCUUACUAACUAGAUGGUGACCUGAAUGUAGCUAGCUAUCUAGCUACAACAAUAUUGGCACAACAUGGGUGGAAGGAAGCUAUGAUUUAAUGUUAGCAAUGCGCAUAUGAACGCAUACCCCGAGGGCGGGACGAAAGCAAUCAUUUAAUAUUUGCCCCGAAACAUUGUAACGGCUAGAGGUAUUAAUAACUACCGUUGGUGGUUACAGUUGUAGUGGAAAAAUGUAAAUAAAUACUUGAAAUCGAUACAUUUUGUAUCCAGCUAACACGAACCACGUGGUUACUAAUCACACUGCCCGCCGCUUCGCUGCUGUGUAGCUAGCACGCGCUAGCUAGCAUUCCAGAUGUUGUCUACGGUGUUCCCUCCCCAACACGUCGACUAAAAUAAUGCAGUUAUACAUUUGUGACACAAACUAAUAAGAUGUGUAUGUUUACGGGCUUUGGUUCUCACAUGUAGGGAACCUACGAGGUGUAGCGAGCGAAUAUUUCUGCUGUAGCUAGCCAGCUAGCUCGUGGGUAGUGCGGCCAUGCUUAUGUGUCGUGUGCUGAAAUUGGCCAAGCUCUCGAGUUUAGUAGCAUGGCGGUGUAUCCAACAUCCGCAACAACAUUUAACUAAUAAUAAACAUCAUACAAUGUUGUCCAUACUAAGUUGUAUUUAACAACUUUUAUAUUAUGUAUUCAUAUUUUGUAGAAAGCCCCCGUUUUUGUCAAGUCGACGGUGUAAUAUUGUUUCAAAUAUGUAGGCGAAAGUAUUGUUCUCCAUGUGAAAGGGGGUGGUCUUGGUGUCAAAUUUCACCAGGCUAACAAGCUACUAGGCUAGGUACUUAUUUGGGCGAGGGAUUUACAGACAUUACUAGUUCGUUAGAUACAAAGUGUAUAUAUUCUGUUUAAUUGGUGGGCCGACAACAAGCUUGCUAGCUACCAACCAUAUAUACCAGUGCUAGCUGCAAUGUUUCGUUGUAUUGAGUCUGCGCUCUCAAUCAAUGCAUGUGAGAAGCGCUCGAUCAAGCUAGUGAAGCCAGAGGUUGUAGCUAAACACGCUUCUUGAAUCUUUUUUGGAGCAGAGACAGAAUUUAUGAAUGAAGGCAAGCCUUCUAAUUCUAGAUUGCUGUAGGCUACUCUGUACUAGUCGCUCUAGGCCCACAUCGUCAAUGGCUUUGGUGCAUUCUAUCUCAAAAGUAUUUUAGUGUGAUUUUGGUUGUCCUUUUUACUUUUUAUUAGCAUUGAUUUCGGUCUAUAUUUUGUUUUGCUUACUGCACUCCAUUCAGUUGACUAAGCAAAUAGCUAUUGUGAGUCUACGCAUUAAUGUAGGCAUAGAUAAUAGGUCUGCUAAUAGUCCUAUAUUUUCUCCUCUUAAGAUGUUGUCUGAGUCUGUUGUGCGACAGUUAACCGUCUGUCCCGUUGUGAAUGAUUUAAGCCUAGCUGUCAGACAAGUUUUCCAAGAUCUGGUUAUUCUACUUCUUUUUCAAACUUUUAGAGCAGGGUUUCCCAAACUCGGUCCUGGGGCCCCACCUGGGUGCACAUUUGGGGUUUUACCCUAACACUACACAGCUGAUUCAAAUAAUCAAAGCUUGAUGAGUUGAUUAUUUAAAUCAGCUGUGUAGCGCUAGGGCAAAAACCAAAAUGUGCACACAGGGGGGGCCCCAGGACAGAGUUAGGGAAACCCUGUUGUAGAGCAUUCAGUCUCUGGAGGCUAUAUGGUUUACAUAUUACUCUGGCUGAGGAAACAGAACAGGAGUAGGUUAGCAACCAUUAAAUGGGCUGAAGGGCAGUGAGUUCAGGGAAACUCCAGGACCUGACCUUAUAAUAGCCCUAGUCACUAACCCUAGUGAAAUGUAGGUGGGGAGUGUGGUUGCAGGGGAGUGGGAAGGAAUAGCGCCGUACUACCUGCGUGCCUGGAGUGUUUUCCCCCCCAAGCUACAUCGGCAUGGUAGUUAUUCAUGACCAUGUAAUUUCUAAUUAGACACCUGGUGAAAAGCAGACUUUAAACUAAAUUGCAAUAUAGGCCCAUAUUUUAUUAGAAAUGCAGGAAUGGUGAAAAUAGGACUUUGCUGUCUUUUCAUUUUGCUAUGUUUAUUUAUUUUAUUUUAUUUAUUUCACCUUUAUUUAACAAGGUAAGCCAGUUGAGAACAAGUUCUCAUUUACAACUGCGACCUGGCCAAGAUAAAGCAAAGCAGUGCGAUUAAAAACAACAACACAGAGUUACAUUAUUGUUAUUAACAAUCCUUCUUUACCUUUCAAGGAAAUAAAAAUAUGUACCUGAAUAAAAUAUAACUUUUGUCUCAUUAUCUCCCUCUGUCCUUUACUCCCUCCCUCCCUCCCUCUGGCCCUCCUCUCCUUCAUCUCUCCCUCCAGUCUGGCCAACAUCCCUCUCAGCCCAGAGACUGCUCAGGACCAGGAGAGGCGUAUCCGCCGGGAGAUCGCCAAUAGUAACGAACGGCGCCGCAUGCAGAGUAUCAACGCAGGGUUCCAGUCGCUGAAAACACUCCUGCCACACACAGACGGAGAGAAACUCAGCAAGGUGAGCAAGAGAGAGAUACAGAAAACACUGCUGCCACACACAGACGGAGAGAAACUCGGCAAGGUAGGAGAGAGGGACCAUAACCAUAACUAUGUUUGUGUCCAUACCACUCAUGGAGGAUUCAAGGAAACUGUUUCUGAGAGUAUUGAUUCUGACCUAACUUUGUGAUAUUGGUCCUGUGCCUAUUCAGGCUGCCAUCCUACAGCAGACGUCUGACUACAUCUUUGCUCUGGAGCAGGAGAAGACCCAGCUACUGCAGCAGAACAAUCAGCUCAAGCGCUUCAUACAGGUAGACAUUCAUACAUUUGUAUUACCUUCAUAUAGCCAAGUAUAGCCACUGAAAUUCAUCAAAAUAUUGUAACUUGCGUGUUUAAAAAAAAUAUAUAUAUCAGAAAUGUAUACAGUUGAUAAUUGAACCCAGAUAAAAGUACACGAACGUGUAAAGUGAUCCAUUUCAUUUGGGAGUACAGCAUAAAUACUUUCUCCCUAACAAUUACCUUAGUGAACUAUUUACUGUUCAUGACAUGGCCAUAACUAGUUGAAAUGCUCCCUCUCACCCUGUCUCAUCUCUCCCCUUCUCCUCUCCUCCUGCAGGAGUUCAGUGGUUCCUCCCCAAAGAGGAGGCGUGGGGGGGAGGAGAAGGAUGAAGGGAUCGGCUCCCCAGACAUUCUGGAGGAGGAGAAAGCCGAGGAGCUGAGGAGAGAGAUGUUGGAGCUCAGACAACAGUUGGACAAGGAGCGCUCGGCGAGGAUGAUACUGGAGGAACAGGUGAGAGGGAAGGAUGGUGGGCGGGGAGAUGUGGGAGAUACUGGCUAGGGACAGCGGGAUGAACAGAGGAGUGGGGAAAGGCAGUUAAAAGAAGGGAUGGAGAGGAGGUUGAACUAAGAGGUGGUGGAGAGAGCGGAUGAACAAGUGAGGGGGAAGAAAGAGAAUGAAAAGAGGGAAGGAAGAGUGAAGAGGAGUAUAGAGAUAAAGACUGACCACCCUUCUCCUCUGUGUCUUUGUCCAUCCAGGUGCGUUCUCUGGACAUGGUGCUGCACCCAGAGAGGCUGAAGGUGAUCACCCAGCAGGUCCAGGAGGAGCAGGCUCACAUCCAGACCCAGACCUUACUGAGACUACAGCAGCUCCACUCAGAGACCAGCGUAGAGAGGGACAGACACACAGCACACAGCCCACAGGUACAGAGACACACAGGUUACACAGUCUGUAACUACUCAAGAAGACAGACCGAGAGACAGACACACACAAUCCACAGAUGGGGAAACACACAAACUGGUUUUGAAUGGAAGGAAAGUGAAUCUUCUAUUUUAUUUUCCUUCCUCUCUUUGUACACUCUCUCUCUUUCUCCUCAUUUUUCACCUUCUCUCUCUUUUCUCCUCCGUUCUCAAACUUUUCUUAUUCUCACCAUCUCUCUUCUCCUCAUUUAGGUGCGGUCCCCUGCCCGAGCCCCCACCCACCACCCCACAGUCAUCGUCCCCGCCCCCACGCUAACCCCCCACCCGCAUCACGUCACUGUGGUUACCAUGAGCCCAGCCUCCAACACCAGCACAGUGUCAACGUCCCGGCAGAACCUGGAUACCAUCGUACAGGUGAGAAAGAGAGUGUGUGUGUCCUUGUGCUCUGUAGGGUUUCUAUAGUGAAGUUCAGUGUGUAUCCUUGUGCUCUGUAGGGUUUCUAUAGUGAAGCUCAGUGUGUAUCCUUGUGCUCUGUAGGGUUUCUAUAGUGAAGCUCAGUGUGUAUCCUUGUGCUCUGUAGGGUUUCUAUAGUGAAGCUCAGUGUGUAUCCUUGUGCUCUGUAGGGUUUCUAUAGUGAAGCUCAGUGUGUAUCCUUGUGCUCUGUAGGGUUUCUAUAGUGAAGUUCAGUGUGUAUCCUUGUGCUCUGUAGGGUUUCUAUAGUGAAGCUCAGUGUGUAUCCUUGUGCUCUGUAGGGUUUCUAUAGUGAAGUUCAGUGUGUAUCCUUGUGCUCUGUAGGGUUUCUAUAGUGAAGCUCAGUGUGUAUCCUUGUGCUCUGUAGGGUUUCUAUAGUGAAGCUCAGUGUGUAUCCUUGUGCUCUGUAGGGUUUCUAUAGUGAAGCUCAGUGUGUAUCCUUGUGCUCUGUAGGGUUUCUAUAGUGAAGCUCAGUGUGUAUCCUUGUGCUCUGUAGGGUUUCUAUAGUGAAGCUCAGUGUGUAUCCUUGUGCACUUGUGCUCUCUAUGAUGUCUUUAGUGCUAUAGUGAUGUGUGUGUUUGCGAGAGAGACAGAGAGCAUAUGUUUGAGUGUGAGGUGUAUAGAUAACCCCAUUACGUACAGUGUCACUGACUCAUAUGACCUUUGACCUUAGAAUUCUCUAUGACCUCUGCCCUCCAGGCCAUCCAGCACAUAGAGCGUACCCAGGAGAGGAGGGGCAGUGCUGAGGAUGAGAGGAGACGAGCAGUCAUCGUCAGCCCCGCCCACGUCGCCAUGGAUACCGCCGGCUCUGACACGGCCUCCGACAGCGAGGGAGAGGAGGACUGUUCCAUUAACUAACACACAGAGAUACACACACAUACCGUGUUCUCUUCACAGUUUCAGACAGCAAGAGCCAAGGCUGCUCAAUGAACUGUUAGCUACCACAGACACACACACUGAUACACACACAC